AUGCCUCAGAUGAUGUCCAGCAUGUGCAAUUUGCCGCCAAAUGAAGACUCACAGCUUGCAGUCAAUGAUGUCCUAUUUGAGCCGCUGAUGCCCACAACUCAUGCCACGCAGCAGAAUAUGCUUGUACCGACAAAUUAUGUGCCAACUCUAAGUCGAGCCUUCAGUAUGAAUAACCCGUUCGCAAGUACUAUGGCCAAUGGAAACUGCUCAUCCGGUCUCCAGCCUCCAGUCGUCCCCAUGCUUCUUCAACAGAAUGCACCUCCAAGAAAUUCAUCAUUUCCGCCGCUACCAACGACUCUUCAGUGCCCCACCGGUUUGUAUCCCUCGGCUACUGGAUCUUCUACCUUCCCACAACUUUUGCCUCUGCCGGGCAACGAAGGCACCUUGCCUCUGGGUCAGCUGCCAAAUCUGCAACUUCCAAACCCCUUGCUUGACUAUUCGGCACAAUUGUUUCCAAAUCGGCUGACAACCACCAACUUUCUCCCCUGCAGCGGUGUGAUACCUGCCGGGGCCGUAUUUUUGGACCCCACAAGCAUCAAUGCAGCGGUUAAUGCCAUGGGAACUUCAAUUAGUCCUCAGCAAUGUCAAAGCCCCAGCCUGGGGCCUGGUGGUAUUACGAGUCAUCAAACCGGCACCUUGAAAUCUGACCUCAUUUCCAACGCAAACUGCCAAAACGGCAGUAGCGCUUUGCCACCCUUUGGCCACACAAACGGAUCAUCAAAAGUGGGUAAUCUUUUGCCCCUGAUCCAGACCCUACCAACGCCACUCUUACCACCCUCUUCAACCGCGGUCUGUGGAGGUUCACUGGGUGUCUCCAAUUGUACCCCCAGUCUGCAGUCGCCGGUGGCUCCGACCUCGCUGAAUGUGCUUUCAAUGCCACAGAUGAAGAUUUCAGUCCCGAACCUCACUAACCUCGGAGUACAAUCGCCAACUUCUACAGUGCUGGCUGGAAAGAUCCCCGACAGCGGCUCCAUGUCGCAGGCGUGA